AUCUAGUAAGUAACACACAAAAAGUAUAAAAACACGUGGCGCCAUCCAAUUAUCUGCAUACUUAGUCUUAGCAUAUUGCAGUGUUCUAUAAAUGUAUAUAUAAUAUUCAAUAAGAAUAAUGAAAUUGAUGUUUUAUAUAAACUGUUGGAAGAAAGUAAAUUAAUUUAAAUGAUGAAAUGGAGAAGAAAGCGCGUACCAUUAAUGCAAGAUUUAUGGCUUAUAUGGAGAAACAUCGCUUAUACGAACUGUUUUACGUAAAUAACCUCCAUAUUACAAAUAUAACCGAUAAUACAGUUUUAUCAAAAUCUGACAAAAACGAAACGUAUAUAGGAAAUAGCAACUCAAUUAAUGAUCCAAAAACCCGAAGAUCAUCUUGUAUUUAUGAAGCAAUAUCUUCAACUUGCUGCUAAAAGAUUCAAUGUUCCUAAAAUUAUCCUUAUCGCACCUGCAAACUUUGGUAGAUAGAAUUAUCUUAGAUAGACUUCUUCGGCUCGCUAUUUUAAAACUUAUUCGCUUGAAUUGAAAAGAAAAAAGAAAAAAUAUUUCAUAUGGACAGAUAGAAUGGCCUUAGCUAAUGUUCUUCACGAAGAAUUGGGUGUACAUCCUUUAACCUUGAAAGAUCUUCGUAAAGCUUGCCCUCAACAUGACGAUGAUUGUCAGUGCGAGGAAUCGGAAGAUCUUGCAUAUGCAAUGAAGAAAAUUUUACAACGCGGAACUUUUCAUGAAAGUGGAUGGCUAUUAGUUGACUUACCAAGAACGAAAAGAGAAGCACAAAUAUUCCAGCGUACCGGAAUAAUACCAACGCAUGUGAUACAACUUAUAGUUUCAGAUGACAAUGAAAACUGGGGAAACAUUUGCACAGAUGCGUUCGCUUGCCGUGAAACAUGUAAUCCUACAGACACAGAGAAAAAUAUAAAAAAUCGUCGUUACUUGAAAAAUUGUCGGGGCUUAUUGGAAGCGUACAGGCAUUGUUUAAUAGCAGUUGAGGUAGGUAUCAGGUCCAUCGACGAACUUGGGAAAGAUUGUGCAAAACUGGCAAAAACAAGGAAACAUUGUGGAGCACCGUCGCUUUUUCGCAUCGCGCUUAUUGGAUUUAGGGGAUCUGGUUGCACUACAUUAGCAAAAUAUUUGGCCGAACGAUUCAAUCUUGUUCAUAUUGAUUACGAUUAUAUCGCGGAACAGGCACGCUUACAACAGAAUCCUUUGGGAGAAAUGCUUCGAUUGUUCGAGUACAAAUGGGGAGAAAGACCCAAGCCUGAAAUUAGGAUUCAAAUCGUCGAAAAACACAUAUCCGGGUAUGAAUGUUUGAAAAGGGGUUGGGUUUUAACUGGAUAUCCAAAAACUGUAGAAGAUUUUAAACUAUUAGAUUUGAAUCCUACGCCUCCAAAUAGAGUAAUAUUUGUGGAGGCGAGUGGUGAUAUUUGCAGAGAAAGACUGCUUAAUCGUAGAUACAAUAUUGUCACCGGAAGCAAGCACAUUUUGUCGACAGCAAGUUAUGCCGUUAACGACGAUUGCAAAUUAGGUGUACAUUCCAGAGAUUUCAGACUAAUCGUAGAACGAGAUCUUCAAGAGUACGAAGAGAAUGUGAUCGACAUGAUGCAGUAUGCAGGUGAAUCCGCGAUAAAAAUCGAUGGAAACGAGGAAGAAAGGAUCGUCCGAGAAAAGGUAGAAGCAAGUAUAAUGCGUCCAGUUCCACCCUGGUAUUCGAGAGUACCAAGACCUUCACCUGCGAUCGAUCCCAUGAGCAACGAAUUUGACCCGGAUGACGAGCCCGACUCCAGCGUGUUUGAUGACAUACGUGCCCCCGAGCCGACAUAUACUUUUAUCUAACUUAUAGCUGUCGACCCUACUUUACCUUCCGUAAGGGUAGAAAACGGGAUACUUCCAGUGCAUCCUGUUAUCCUAAUACGCAGAGCAUCUUAUUUCCACAACAUCACACCAUUUGCAUGAUACCAUGUAUGGAUUUUUUAAUACGUAUAACUACUUUUAUUACUUUUAUUGUUUAAAUUACGAUGUAAAGAAUUAUCGAUAUAAGUAAAUUUCGAUAGAAAAUUUGUGAAAUACAGCUACUUACUCGUAUUUCCUUACAAUAAUCUUCAUGCUAAUAAACUUUAGCGACGUCCUUCAAUAUUAUUAUUUGCUCUGCGAGUAGUAGGAUCAACGAUUACGUAGACUGUAGACGAUACGUCAACCUGUUUGCUUGGGAAUCGCACCACGGAUAGUAUAUCGAUGUGGAAGUGAACAGUGUUUCGUCAAGAAAAGAAUACAGUAUAUAGUUGAAUUAAGGAUAUCACGCGCCAACAUUAACAAGGAUAAUUGCCUCAAACGCGAAGCAUAUUUCCGGAUCAAGGGUGUAUAGAGUGGGAUAGGUCGCAACGCGAUUGCAGAAUGUACGCAGGACUUGCUACGAACGAUGAAAUCCUGCUUACUUUGCCCAGCAGUUACUAAGACCUUUGCCUUUUUCAGGAGAAAUUUGCCAAAUUGCGUGCUCGAUGUCUUUAUCCUGAUAUCGGCAGAACGUGAUGUAUAUGUUCUGCUUAUUAUCGAGAUAUUCGCGAUGGCUAAUUGCGAACCUAAGCGUUGGUUGUUUAUCGCGUUAUUGAAAGUACGAUCCAACGAAACAUUUUUGCUAUUUUAUUCAAAGGAUAAAAAUUUGUACUAUAUUAUUUACUUUUGCGUAAAAGUAGCGUUCACCGUUACAACCACUACUUUGGUUCAAACUCGGAUAAAUUAAAAAUUCGGCGGUUCAGUUAUCGAUCGGAACUGAUUUCCGUAAAACUACGUACAACCCGGAAGUAAAGAGGAAACUUGGGUCGAGGAAAGUAGAGUCGGGUGGAGGUGAAAUGCAAGGAAAUGCUGCAUAAAUAUUGGAAGCAAUAUUCCAGUAUAAAAUAUGUUUUUUAAGUAUUGAAAUAAUCGUAAACUGCGAGGGGAAGAA